CACAUUACCCCAACCUAUCAUCAACACUAUUACUAAGUAAACAUGGCGGAUCUAGUUACUGGCAUAUCAAAACUCAACCCCUUUGCUAAGAAAUCCGCUGUUGACGAUGAAGACAAAGGCGAGGCGAUCGAUGCAGGCACGGUUGCGGGCGGUGGCCAUGCAUCACGUCGAUCGCAUAUCACGAAAGAUGAGCUGCGCGUUAGUCAGGUACUACAGAACUAUCUUGUGGCAGAGGGAAUAUUGCAAGAACAGGAAGUGGGACCAAAUGCCGAACGACCUACCGCACUGAGAGAACUGCUUGAUAAGAGCCACAUCAAUGUUCCGCCUGCCGUCACGGACAGAAACCAUCCGCUCCCGGAGUAUUUCAUCAGCUCAUCACACAACACGUAUUUGAUGGCUCAUCAGCUCUUUGGUGAGUCACAUGCAUCUGCGUAUGAGAUUGCGUUGCACACUGGCUCUCGCUGCGUCGAGAUCGACGCUUGGGAUAAUGACGACAACAAGGAGGAGCCGAAGGUUACGCAUGGCUACACGCUUGUAUCAGACAUACCAUUCCGCCAAGUAUGCGAGACGAUCCGGGACGUCGUUGACAAGGAGGCUGCGAAUGAACAGAACGCUGCGCCUAUCAUGAUUUCCCUAGAAAAUCACUGUGAUACACACGGGCAGCUUCGUCUAGCGCAAAUCAUGCAAGAAGUCUUCGGGCACCGACUUCUCAGUAAGGCUAUGCGCGAGAAAGGUACGCGCGAACAGGAAGAUAUUGGCGAACACAUCACGCUUGCUGAACUGGGGAACAAAAUCGUUGUCAUUGUCGAGUACCACUUGCCCAACGAAGACGAGAGCAGUGACAGCGACUCGAGCUCUGGCGACGAGGAAGAGAGAAAGGUUCGUCAGCAGUAUGCUGCGAAGAAAAAAGCGACAAACGCUAGCAUCGUCGUUCCUGAGCUGGCCGAGCUCGGGGUGUAUGCGCAAUCUGUCAAACCAGUCAACAAUUCAUGGUUUGAAGCUAGCCUCGACAAUGCACCGCAUCACCAGCUCAUCAAUGUCUCGGAGUCAGGACUCACAGAGCAUCUACCAGCAAACAGCGCAAAAAUUGCACGCCACAAUGCCCACCAUCUGAUGCGUGUAUAUCCCAAGGGCACUCGCAUCUCCUCGAAGAACCUCGCACCUGUACCCUUCUGGGGCAUCGGCGCUCAAAUCUGCGCUUUGAACUGGCAAACCUUCGGCGCAAGCUCGCAACUCAACGAAGCUCUUUUCGCUGGCUCGGGCGGCUUCGUCUUAAAGCCCGCUGCUCUUCGCGCCGGCGGCUCUGGUAACCUCAGCACAGGCAGACGAAGGCGACUGCGCCUACAUGUUGCUGGCGCAACAGACGUUCCCAUGCCCAAGGACCGCGAUGACGGAAACAUCAAGCCAUAUCUCACCUGCACACUCGUGCAUCCCAACGACAUGAAUAAUAUGCCGCCUAAGCGCAAGACUGCUGCCUAUAAACCUCACAAACUUACUAGCUUCCUCCACAAAGACAACUCGCCUCCCACAGAUCCGAUUUGGAAAGAGAUCCUUGAGUGGGAGUACGAGGAUAAUGAGCUUGUCUUCCUCCGUCUUUUGAUUAAGAGUGACGAUAGUUUUGCGCGCAACCCUAUCUUUGCUGUGGCCGCUGUGAGGUUGAUGUAUGCUGCGCCUGGGUGGAGCUUCAUUCGGAUGUUGGACUUGGGCGGUCAUGAGACUACAUGUACGCUACUUGUCAGAUUUGAGUUUCUGGAACUCUAAGUAUCUCCAUCUGAGCUUGGGAGAAACGCAAUGAACUAUGGGGUAAGAUAGAGGCAACAUUGGAAGGCCUCGUAAGUAUAUGAAAACAACGACGAAGCUCUAUGGAAAAAGAAGGUAUUGGUGUCUUCUCUUGGUCUGAGUAUUAAUCGUUGUCAGCUUCGCGCCACUUUUUGUUCUAUUAUAUGGAGUCUUUUUCGGUAUAUUCCCGAAUAUAGGUUAGCAAUAGUACAUUUCCCUACUGCGCGGCCGCAGACGCAGCAUACCCAAUCGUGAUUUUGUCCAACGCCAACAGAUAUGGUAUCUGUCAAAUGGCCACGUCGAUUUCCCGAGAAUCUAUCCUCAUCGUACUGAACCCACACAGCCAUGGUGUAAACAAAAGUAACACGACAUAUCCACCCAGAUUUGUGAUGGGACGGGCCGACGGGAGUCAUCGGAAGGUUGCACCCUGCAUGUUGCGGACAAGGAUCGCGGGACAAUUGGC